AUUAUUUUGGGAGUACGUGAAAUGCACCGCUGUAGCGCGAUCGAAGAAAAAGAGGAUGCCCAGCGAACCCAUCAAAUUCUAUUAUUUAGCACCUUCACCACCGUGCCGCGCCGUUAUGAUGACUGCCAGAGCGUUGGAUUUGGAAUUGGAUCUGAUCCCUACCAACAUUAUGGAUGGCGAUCAUAAGACACCAGAGUAUCUUAAAAUGAAUCCUCAACACACUAUUCCUACAAUGGAUGACAGUGGAUUUAUUCUGUGGGAAAGCCGGGCAAUUUUAGCUUAUCUCGUCAACGCUUACGGCAAAGAUGACUCACUUUACCCAAAAAAUCCACGUCAGCGAGCUAUUGUUGACCAAAGGCUCAACUUUGAUAUCGGCACGCUGUUCCCAAGAUAUUUAAAUCUUUACUAUCCAAUGUUAUUCCGGGGCGACGAAUACAACCAAGAAAAUGCUGACAAGCUUAAUGAGGCACUAGGAUGGCUUAACAUCUUCCUGGAAAAAAGUGCAUUUGUCGCAGGAGAUAAUUUGACAAUCGCUGACAUAUCUAUAAUAGUCACCAUUACCAAUUUGGACGCUUUCAAAUUUGACUUUAGUGAACACGAAAAUCUUACGAAGUGGUUCGAGAGAACAAAGAAGGCUCUGGAACCUUACGACUGGGAGGAUAUUGAUGAGACCGGGGCUCAAAUGCUAGCAGACUUCUUGAAUAGAGAGCAUACCGGAGUUAGGAAUUUGUACCUGAUAUGGAUGGUUGCCCUAUUACAUCAUGGUACGGAAUAUACAGGCGAUAGAUGGAUACCCUGGUUGCCGCUGCCCCCAUUCAGGGAUAAAGAUGUAAAGUUUGUGUGUGUGUGCAUAACAUGUGGUGGACAGGCAGAGUAUUUCAUGUUUGGCACCGCUGUAGCGCGAUCGAAGAGAAAGAGGAUGCCCAGCGAACCCAUCAAAUUCUAUUAUUUAGCACCUUCACCACCAUGCCGCGCCGUUAUGAUGGCUGCCAGAGCGUUGGAUUUAGAAUUGGAUCUGAUCCCUACCAACAUUAUGGAUGGCGAUCAUAAGACACCAGAGUAUCUUAAAAUGAAUCCUCAACACACUAUUCCUACAAUGGAUGACAGUGGAUUUAUUCUGUGGGAAAGCCGCGCAAUUUUAGCUUAUCUCGUCAACGCUUACGGUAAAGAUGACUCACUUUACCCAAAAAAUCCACGUCAGCGAGCUAUUGUUGACCAAUGGCUCAACUUUGAUAUCGGCACACUGUACUCAAGAUACUCUAAUCUUUAUUAUCCAAUUUUACUUCGGGGCGAAGAAUACAACCAAGAAAAUGCUGACAAGCUUAAUGAGGCACUAGGAUGGCUUAACAUCUUCCUGGAAAAAAGUGCAUUCGUCGCAGGAGAUAAUCUGACUAUUGCUGACAUAUCUAUAAUAGUCACCAUUACCAGUUUAGAUGCUUUCAAAUUCGACUUUAGUGAACACGAAAAUCUUACGAAGUGGUUCGAGAGAACAAAGAAGGCUCUGGAACCUUACGACUGGGAGGAUAUCGAUGAGACCGGGGCUCAAAUGCUAGCAGACUUCUUAAAUAGAGAGCAUUAAAACAAAAAUUAUAUUCAGCACCUAUACCCAAUAUAAUAUUUGCAAUAGAUUAUUUUUAAGAUCAAGUUUAUUAUUCAUUUUAUCAUUGUAGGUUUAUUGCAAUGUUCCGUUUAUUACAUCUAUAACACAUAAUAUUUUAUUGUUACAAGAACAACGGUAAAUAGGUAUACAAUAUGUUAUUUUAUUCCUAUUAUGGUUUCGAACUACAUAUAAGCAUGUUGUUCAUGCAGAAACAAGUCUAAUUUUAUUUGAA